UCGGGCUCCGGGGAGGGGCGGAGGGCCCGGCAGGUGCCCGGCUGGCACGGAGGGAAGCCGGGACGGAGGAUGGCGGCGGGGGACCCGGAGCAGGCGCGGUACUGCGGGCGGCUGUCGUACCUGUGCCUGAAGCUGACCCUCAUCACCUACUCCACCACGUUCUGGGUGAUUGGAGCCCUGGUCCUCGGUGUUGGGAUUUAUGCAGAAAUUGAAAGACAGAAUUACAAAACUCUAGAAAGUGCCUUUCUAGCCCCAGCAAUUAUUUUAAUCCUUCUGGGCAUUGUAAUGUUCCUGGUAUCCUUUUUGGGUGUACUGGCUUCUCUGAGGGACAAUAUAUGCCUUCUGCAAGCAUUCAUGUACAUCCUUGGCAUCUGCUUGCUGAUCGAGCUGACAGGUGGAGUGGUGGCCCUGAUCUUCAGGAACCAGACAAUCAAAUUUUUGAAUGAUAACAUUAGAAGAGGGAUUGAGAAUUACUAUGAUGAUUUAGACUUCAAGAACAUAAUGGAUUCUGUUCAAAAACAGUUUAAGUGCUGUGGUGGGGAGGAUUACACAGAUUGGUCCCAAAAUGUGUACCACAACUGUGAAGCUCCAGGACCACUGGCUUGUGGGGUGCCCUACACUUGCUGCAUCAGAAAUAAGACAGACAUUAUCAACACCAUGUGUGGAUACAAAACCAUUGACCAAGAGCGCCUGAGCGUUCAGCACAUUAUCUACGUCCGAGGGUGCACGGACGCUGUGCUCAUUUGGUUUUUGGACAACUACACCAUCAUGGCUGGCGUGCUGCUCAGCAUACUGCUGCCCCAGUUCCUGGGAGUGCUGCUGACCUUGCUGUACAUCACCAGGGUGGAGGACAUCAUCACGGAGCACAAGCUGAGCGAGAGCCUGUGGGGAGAUGUGCGCCCCAGAGCUGCCCCCGAGCGCUCCGGAGCCGGCUGCUGCAUGUGUUACCCUGGCUGACCUGGGGAGCCCAAAAUGCAGCUGGAACCAGGCAAACCCAGCAGCUUCUGGUCCCUGCUGGCUGCUCCAGACUGUGGGGGUGGUGAAGCAGCCAGCAGCUGGCUGGGUGAGACCCAGGGCACAGCGGAGGGACGGCGCUGCCGGAGGGAGCUCUGUGGAUCAUUGCAUCUCCUUCAGAGUGAUUGCUGAGUGAUGGCACGGCCAGAAUAAACUGGAGAAGAUUUGGACGUCGAUUUCUAGGAUUUCUUUGCAUCUUGGGGUCUCCUAUCUGUGUUUGACUUUUCCAGUUUUAUUUUCUUAACUCCUUCCGGAGAGAUUUCUUACUGAUCGACGUGGUGGAUAUUAAACAUACUAAUAUUAAACAAACAGGUUUAAUAUUGGUUUGCUAAUGGGGUUUUGUGCUAAUCAUGAUGAAUUUACUGACAAUAAUGGAUGUGAUGCCCAUCGCUUUCAUUGCUCAGUCUUCUGUGCCUUUUAAUAAUGGGGCAAAUGCCAAUGUCAAAUCAGUCAGGUAAUGCUUGAUCGAUUUUUUUAAUGCAGUUUGUUACUGUCUGGCUUUUUGUACAGGAUGUUUAAGUCUUGGAUGUACUGUAUUUUUCCCCUUUAGUAAAUUAACUAGGUGAUUGAUGACUAUAUUUUUUUGGAGUUCCAUAUGUCAAGAUGUUUCUAAAAUUUACUGUUGAAAUAAAAGCAAUGAGUUGUUUUUCUUUAAAAAAGCACAUGGGUUUUAUUUGAAGUUGUUUUUAUUUUCUUGUGUAAGCUAAGCCUGUCCCUCAAACACUGAAUCAAAAGGUAGAAGUAGAAGGAGCUGUGAUUCUGUCUUGGGUGCCAAAAUCUGAACAUCUGUGCCUCCCUUGCUUCUCCUACCUAGCCCACUGAGGGUUUUUGUUGGUGUUCCUUUGUCCUGAGCAUUUCUCUGCAGUCUCUCCAGCCCCAGCCAGGCCUGCAGGCAAACUGCAAAACCUAAUUAUCAUAACAUUUCAAUUAAACCAAAGUCAGGAAGAGAAUAAAGCAGGUUUAUAUCCUGGAUGCAAAUCUCUGCUUUUCUAAAUACUCCACUAAGAAAAACAGGGCAGCAUCUGAUUUUAUUCUCUCUUUGAUGCUUUUUGUUGUUGGUUUUUUUUAAUAAAGAUUUUCUUG